AUGAUUCCAUUUAAAUCGGCCCCCGGAUACAGCUUCUAUUCUAUGCUAAAGUUUACCUCCAUAAGGCUAAACCUGCUUUCUGAUUACAAAUCUAAAUUAUUUUUCGAACGAGGUACGCGCGGUGGGCUGACGAAAUUCAGCAAGCUUUACGCCAAGGCGAACAACCCGAAGACGCCUGGGUAUAAAUCUGACGAACCGAACACAUGGCUCGUCUAUCAAGAUGCUAAUAAUUUAUACGGAUGGAUUAUGUCUCAAAACAUUCCUUACGGGGGGUUUUCGUGGUACGCUGGAAAUCCGGACGUAGCAUUAGCUCAACUCGAGUAUAUGGAGGAGGCAGAUGACGCGGGGAGAGUCUACGAAGUCGACAUAUCGUGUCCGUAA